UGUCUUUGUCUGUCCUACAUUCGCAGGUGAAAUAUAUCAGGAUGGGUAAGAAGCACAAAAAACAUCAUAAGUCGGAACGACGGCAACGUGAAGCAAUGGAACCAGAAGAAGUUGCUGAACCUCCAUCAUUAAAGAUAGUUUUGAAGAAGUCAAAGAUAGAAGUAUUAGAGUCGGACAGUGAUAUGUACAACCCGAGUCCUGUCCUCGAGACUAGCAGCAGCAGUAAAAAACACAAACACAAGAAAAAGAAGAAGAAAAAAUCCAGUGACAGAGAAAAGAGUCGACACAGAGACGAGGGGAAACCAAGAAAACGUCACAGAGAAACUGAGGAAGAGUUUGAAGUUUCUCAAGAAGAGGAGGCACCUGUUGCCAAGCGACAAGUUUUAGAAGAUGUUGACAUUAGCGGCACAGGUGGGGAAGAGUCUGAAGCAGCAGAAGAGAAGUCUGAGAGAGGGAGUGCGACCCCAACAUCGCAAGGUGCAGCAGAACAUGGUGUACUUCGUAUCUGUCUUAAGCACAUACACAACAAUCUUCAGAGAAAAGACACCAAUGGGUUUUUUGCCAACCCUGUAAAUGACAUGAUUGCUCCCGGUUACUCUCUAAUUAUUCUCAGCCCUAUGGACUUCAGUACCAUGUUAGCAAAGAUCAAUACCUUUAAGUACAGAAAUGUUAUGGAAUAUAAGAAAGAUUUUGUGCUCAUGUGUAACAAUGCAAUGACCUAUAAUAGACCAGAGACGAUUUACUACAAGGAAGCUAAGAAACUACUUCACAUUGGGAUCAAAAUGAUGAGUAAAGAAAAGCUAUUGUUUAUGAAGAGAACAAUACCAUUUCUUGCAAGUUUACGUAAUGAAGAGCUUGGAAUUGAUGAGCCUGAUGAGACAAAGGAAGUGAUAGAAGCUAUUCAGGAAGAAGAACGACAGGAGAAGAAGAGACUAAAAGCCAGGGAAGGAAUUGGAAGAUAUGAAGCCCUACCUGAUAACCUGACACCAGAAGAAAUCCUUGCACAGGCCAAGGCAGCUGCUAAAGACGCUGCAGAUAUCCUUACGCUAAGAAAGCCUGACAGUAAAUUUGGAUUCCUUAGACAGAGAGAGGAUGGCAGUACAACAUUAAAUAUUAUGAACCCAGAAAAUGAUGGAACAGUCAGCGAAACAGAGCGAGUUGUCAACCUAGGAUCCCUGAUUGGAAGAUUGACAUCGGGGACCGGAGUACUCUCCAGUUAUAAAGAGGACAAACGUAAUAAAGUCACUCCAAUUAACUAUUUGAACUAUGGACCAUUCAGUAGCUACGCACCCCAUUAUGAUUCCACAUUCUCAAACAUAUCCAAGGAAGAAUCAGAUCUACUGUUGUCCACAUAUGGUGAUGAAACUGGCGUCCAAUAUGCCAGAAGCAUCAUGGACUUCACUGAGCAUUCUGGAGAUUAUGCGAUAGCUAUGGUGGAUAAUCUACUUGACAUCCUCACUAAAGGGGAACACAGUAAAACUCAAAAACUUCUAGAGGAGCAGAAGGCCCAGCAAGAGAUGCACACCCAGGAAAGUGUUGCUGAAUUACCAUCAGCAACUGCUGCUGAUAUUUCUUCCCUUCGGAGUCUUAGCCAGCUGGGGGUCGAUGUCUCCUUCCUGGACCAAUAUGAGAGUGAACCCCCCAAAGAUCCGAUUCAGGAAAAGUUGGACCAGACAGCCAGUCUUUUGAACGAUCUUCAGCAGACUCAAAGUGAACGUCUCAGCAGUAAACUGCCUCCUCAUCUAGCCCUUGUUCCUGGGCCGUCUGAGAAAGAACUCCAACUAGCCCAAAAAGUAACAAAAGAACUGAAGGAACUAGCGAAAUCGGCUAAUCCAAGAGGUGUAGUAAGUGUACAGGGAGUUCGUUCAGCCCUUGGAGUCAACUACUCACUUACAGGGGACACAAAUUUAGUAGCACCUGCCGUUCAAAUAGAGAACAAAUUGCCAAGUGAUGGACUUACAGACGAUACUCAAAUGAUCUUGGAUGACCAAGAUGGAAAUCAGUGCAAUAGCAUCAAUGACAAUGACUCGGAAGAUUUAGACAUAAGUGAAUUUUUGAAACUGCCAGCUCAUCUGACAACAAGCUUGGCUAACAGUAAUGAAAAUGCACUAAGUACAUAAUUAAUACUGGCAUAUUUUGUACAAACAUUAUCUAAAUUUUGUAAAAAACAAUAUCUGUUGUCGUCAUUAUAUCAUUUCCUUCAACAAUCUGCUUCAUAUCUCAUCUAAUUAAA